AUGCAGUUCAAUAAGAAGAAACACAUCACGUCCCCCUACACCACAGCCCUGUGUCUGGGCUUUGGAAAGGUGUGUGUAACUGAGCCAUGUCAGGCUUUUGCAUGGCCAGCAUCUAUUCCACUGAUCAAAGAAAGUGAUCUGACCCAGGCUGAUGAUGAACCUGUGCUGACUUUCACCUGUGGUUCUUUGACCUCCAUGACCAAUUGCAGCUGGAGACACUCCAGGGUCACAGUGAAGAAAAUGAUGGACAGUCGUGCAAUUUACUUGGAUCUGCUCAUCAAAGAACAAGAAUAUUGCAGCCAACUGUUACACCCACAACUGCUGCAGCUGAUGGGAGUGAGUCUCUCCGAUGAUCUCCAGAAGACGAGUCUGGUGUUUGAGCGAGUCACUGUCGGUACACUCCACAACCUGCUGCACAACAGGCGCACCGAGUUCCCGGUGCUGCAGGAAAAAUGGCUUCUGUCAGUGAUGUUGCAGGUUUGUGAAGGUCUGCAGUAUCUCCAUGGGCAAGGUCUGGUGAUGAGAGCCUUGUCUUCACACGGUGUGGUCCUCACAGAGCUCACAGUAGCCAAACUUACUGAUUUAGGCUUCAUGGUCCCCAGCAAAGGCAGUUCAUGUGUCAAACGCCCCAAGCACAUAGCCCUGCCCCCCAGCUUGUACAGGUGGGCUGCUCCAGAGGUUUUUAAACAGAAACCCUGCACAGUGGAGGCUGACAUCUACAGUCUAUGUGCUCUGAUCCAGGAAGUGUACACAGACAAUGAACCGUGGGGAGCUGUGAGCCUGGAUAUGAUUAAAAAAGCAAUGGACGCAGGCCAGGUCCUGGCAGUAAACAGCAGCAUUCCACAGCCUUACUAUGAUGUGGUGCUGACUGGCCUGCAGCAGCACCCACAGGACCGCACAUACAGCCUGCACUGCCUGUGCCAAAUACUGCAACAGGAUAUCAAGUGUUUGUCCCCGGAGGAUCAGCUGGGCGGUGGUGAGCUGAGUGAUUAUCCAGAACAAGAUCUGGGAUCUGGUAUUCAGACCACAACACAGCACAGGAUUGUGGGAAAGCCAGUAAAGCACGUUGUUUUUAGCACUGUAAAGCCAGUCAAAAUGAAGGCAGUGGUGGACAGACAGUCUCACCAAGACAGACAACUUCAUAAACAGUGGUACAGUGGAGCAACGUCUGAGCUGUGGACGGAAAGAGUAGAGUUUUCAGAGGAAGAAUCUGUGCACCACCAAGUGGACACUCACACAGAGUCAGAGUCAGAAACAGAUAGUUCUGAGGAACAACCUGAUGUAGAGGAAAAUAUAGACAGAGAGAUAUUGGAGCAGCUGGAAAUCCUCAAGCUGCCCAAACCUACAGCGGAUCAACAGAUCAACACUUUUGUGGUCGACCUCAAAGUGUCUCAGGAGCUGCUGCGACAGGCCAACCAGAGCCUGGACACAGUGGAGGAUCACCUGGACUUUAGAGAUGCUCCUUCCAGUAUCCACACAGUAUCCUCUAGUGCACCCUCUAUGUUCCCCCUCUCCACAAAUCACCCUGGAGAAGGUACUGCUGCUGCUGGACGUCAUUCAAACCAGUACAGUCUCUUAACACAAAGAGGAAAAGACUGGUCAAAGAAUCUGGAGGCUCAGCUCCAGGACAGAAACUGGGAACUGAUGAGCGAGGUGGAGCUGGACUUAUGGCUGAGACACUAUCCAGCUGAACAGCAGCAUUUUGAGCAGGACCGGCUGCUGCAGCUUUCUUCUGACUGUGACAUGGCAGAGUUUUAUUCAGUUAAAACUCAUCACAGCGAAAUGGAGCUGAGCCAAAUGCAGCAGUCAACCAGUUCACAGGAAAGUGCAGAUGUCACAGGAGAUGCGUGCAGGCCAGCAGCAGCAAGUGGAAAUCCACACCACGUAAGAGCUAUGGCACUGCAGAGCUGCACUGCAGGUUACAUGCAGGGCACCAAUUCUCCUGCUGCUGGUUAG